GUGGAAGCCAAUUACAUUUAUGAGGAGUUGGAGAAACUGGAGAUAGACGAUGUUACCCCAUCAUUCGGUGACUCAGGCUCUUCGGCUAUAUAUCUGGGCCUAUCCAGGGCUUCAGUAUGCCUCUUCCAUCUAUUCUGGUGCUUAUUCCUCCUCUGCGUGGCGUACACCUCUACCCUAAUCCUCCUGGCUCAGUUAUAGUAGCUCUUUAUUCAUCGGUUGCCUGGUACGCCAGAAAUUGAGCUUGCGGAGUCGGCCGAAACUUACUUUAUUGCUCAUAUGACAUCUUGUGGAUUUCGCGUUCUUUGAGCACAGCGUUGAUGGGAAUUACAUCCUUGACUUGUGUAUCAGCUCAAACAUCUAUAUCUUGAAGCACCAGGCAACAUGGCGGUCUCUGCCGUUACUUUCGCCGCAACCAGCUUUUGCAUCCUACUACUGGCCUACAAAUUGAUUAUAUACCCCGUCUUUCUCUCCCCGUUGUCCAAGAUACCCAAUGCGCACUGGUCAGCUCCAAUCUCUCCAGUAUGGAUUAUCUGGAGACGGUAUAGGGCACAGAACAACAGGAUCAUCCAAUCCGCACAUGAAAGACUAGGGCCUAUUGUCCGGCUUGCACCAUCGGAAGUCUCCGUCAACUGCGUCGAUGGGGGCAUCAAGUCUAUCUACACGGGUGGGUAUGAGAAACACGAAUGGUACCCUCGUGUUUUUGGCUCUUUUGGAACCGUUAGCAUGUUCACCAUGACAAACAACAAAGCCCACUCCACCCGCAAAAGGAUGCUGUCCAACAUUUACAGCAAGUCAUUCUUGCAAUCCUCACCCCAUAUCCACCUCAUCUCCGAGACAAUCCUGCUCGAUCGUCUCCUCCCCAUCAUCCAAGAUGCCGCCUCCUCAGGCUCACCCAUUGACAUGCACGACCUCGAUCAGGGCAUCACAAUGGACUUCGUCUCUGCCUACCUAUACGGCCUAGCCAACGGGACCAACUUCCUUCAGGACGAAUCUUUCCGGCGCAAGACCCUCCGCCUUUACCAAAGCAGGAAGCCCUUCGAAUUCUACCACCAAGAAGUCCCCAACCUCGUCUCAUGGGCCAAGCGUCUCGGCCUCCGCUUAAUCCCCAAAUGGUGCGACGAAGCCAACGAAGUUCUCGACGCCUGGGGUCUAUCCUUCUGCGACAAAGCAGACGAAUGCCUCAGCUCGACCCAGCUCAACACAGAACCCAUGGUCUACAAGCAACUCAAGCAAAGCAUAUCCAAACAGCUCCCGCCCAAAGAAUCAUCAUCUUACCCCAAGCUCAUCGAGCAACAACGCCUCGACAUCGCCUGCGAACUCUACGACCACCUCACAGCCGGCCACGAAACCAGCGCCGUAGCCCUGACCUACCUCUUCUGGGAACUCUCCAAGCACCCGGACCUCCAGUCCUCUCUCCGCGAGGAGCUCCACACCCUAGAACCUAAGAUCCUGUACCCCCGUCCAUCAUCCUCUCGAGACCUCCCCACCCCCAAAUCCAUCGACUCCCUACCCCUCCUCGACGCCAUCGUAACAGAGACCCUACGCCUGCAUGCCCCAAUCCCCGGUAUCCAGCCCCGAGUCACCCCGUCCUCUGGAUGCACGCUAGUCGGGUAUAGCGAUAUCCCCGGGAACACGCGGGUCAGUGCGCAGGCGUACUCGCUUCAUCGCAACCCGGAGGUCUUCCCGGAGCCGGAGACGUGGCAGCCGAAGCGGUGGCUGAAGGAAUGUAAUUCGUCGGAGGAGCUGGAGGAAAGGAGACGGUGGUUUUGGGCAUUUGGGAGUGGGGGGAGGAUGUGUGUGGGAAGUAAUUUGGCUUUGCAGGAGAUGAAAUUGGUAGUCGCGGCUAUCUAUACCAAUUAUACGACAAUUAUCAUUGAUGAUGAGGAUAUUGAGGCUAUUGAUGCGUAUACGGUUAAGCCGAGGGGGGAGAAGCUGGUCUUGAAGUUCGAGUCUGUUGCGUAGUAGUUCUAUGUUUUCUUUCUGGUAGCUAUUCUAGUAUAUAGUUUAUGAUUUCCUGUACUUCUUCACUAUUUUCUGCAAACCCAGUAAUUAAAUCUACAGAGCAUUAUACGGACCAAA